CAGUUCCGGCCUGUCAUGGCGACGGAGCCGGGCGGGGCAGGCGGUGGCGGCGGGAGCUCCCCCGGGCCGGACCCGCUGCGCGGGGCGGGCGGCGAGGAGGAGCGGGAGGCCGACGGGCGGGGAGCGGCCCAGCCCGCCCCGGCCCCGCCCCCGAGCCCGCUCCGCGAGGCCGAGGUCACCGUGGAGAUCGGGGAGACCUACCUGUGCCGGCGGGCGGACGGGACCUGGCACUCGGCCGAGGUAAUCCAGUCACGACUCAACGAGCAGGAGGCACGGGAGGAAUACUACGUGCACUAUGCUGGAUUCAACCGGCGCUUGGAUGAGUGGGUUGAUAAGAACCGGCUGGCCCUCACCAAGACAGUCAAAGAUGCGGUGCAGAAAAACACAGACCAAUACAUGAACGAGCUGUCCGAGCAACCCGAGCGUAAGAUCACCCGCAACCAGAAGCGCAAACAUGACGAGAUCAACCAUGUUCAGAAGACCUACGCAGAGAUGGAUCCCACCACAGCUGCGCUGGAGAAGGAGCAUGAGGCGAUCACCAAGGUGAAAUACGUAGAUAAGAUCCACAUCGGCCACUAUGAGAUCGACGCCUGGUAUUUCUCACCCUUCCCGGAGGAUUAUGGGAAGCAGCCCAAACUGUGGAUCUGCGAGUACUGCCUGAAAUACAUGAAGUUCGAGAAGAGCUACAGGUACCACCUAGGCCAGUGCCAGUGGAGGCAGCCGCCGGGGAAGGAGAUCUACAGGAAGAACAACAUCUCUGUCUAUGAAGUAGAUGGCAAAGAUCACAAGAUUUACUGCCAGAACCUGUGUCUCCUGGCCAAGCUCUUCCUAGACCACAAGACCCUCUACUUUGAUGUUGAGCCCUUUGUCUUCUACAUCCUCACCGAGGUCGACAGGCAGGGCGCCCACAUCGUUGGCUACUUCUCCAAGGAGAAGGAGUCUCCAGAUGGGAACAACGUGGCCUGUAUCCUCACCCUGCCACCCUACCAAAGACGGGGCUAUGGCAAGUUUCUCAUCGCUUUCAGCUAUGAGCUGUCUAAGCUGGAAAGCACGGUGGGCUCCCCAGAGAAGCCCCUCUCGGACCUGGGCAAGCUGAGCUACCGGAGCUACUGGUCCUGGGUGCUGCUGGAGAUCCUGCGGGACUUCCGAGGGACCCUGUCCAUUAAAGACCUCAGCCAGAUGACCAGCAUCACUCAGAACGACAUCAUCAGCACGCUGCAGUCCCUCAACAUGGUGAAGUAUUGGAAGGGGCAGCACGUCAUCUGCGUCACGCCCAAGCUGGUGGAGGAGCAUCUGAAGAGCGCCCAGUACAAGAAGCCUCCCAUCACAGUGGAUUCCAUCUGUCUCAAGUGGGCACCCCCUAAACACAAGCAGGCCAAGAUCUCCAAGAAGUGAAGGAACGGUGGGACACAGGAGUCCAAAUGACCCCUCAGUUGCAUGAGGAUCUGGGCUGCACCCUGCCUGACUACAGAGCACCGGAGCAACCAACCAGCUGGGAGGACUGGGCGACCCAGCCGGCUGUGUCGUUCAUUAGGCCAGCGCUGAUUCAGCAGGGCUGGUGACCUGUCCUGUCACAUCUCACUCCCCUUGAGCGUUGCACGGCGGACUAGGCCCGUGGCUGAGCUUUGCCCUCCCGAACAGCACUAGAAAAGGGGGGUCCCCGCACCACUGCCAGUGUCUGCUGCCCAGCUCGUCAGUUGCGCGCUGCACCCCGCUCAAUAUCACCUUGGUGGACUGGCUCAUUUGUUGGGGAGUGCAGGGAGGAAGUGGGGGCACAGGCUGCUUCAGAGACUACGGUGGGCAGCAGCAGCUGAGUCGGGGGCAGGAGGAGUUACUCAGCUGGCAGGGAAGAGGGGAGGGAUGCCCAUGGGUUAACAUGACAGCAUGGCAUCGGGUGUUCAAUGCUGGGCAACGUUCCCUAUCCAGGUGAUCCCCUGGGCUGGCAAUAUGGGGAAGCAGCACUGGGGGAAGGUCCUGGGACAGCUGUGCCGGGAGACUGGAUCUGUCACGCAGGCCCUGAAACAGGGCAUGGACAGUGUGUGAUUCCCUUCUAACCUACAGCCAGCUCUGGCGCUGUGCACCUCCUGCCCUGAGCGGGGGUCUUGGGGGCGGGGAGAACACCCUAGCCCUGACUUACUCCCCCCCCACACACACACACAUGCCACCGACGUGCCCCAGCUGCUGAAGGCAGAGCCCAUUCUGGCCAUCAGGAUGCCCCUUCUGCUAAGCUUCCUU